AUGAUAGAGCUGGAGAGGGAUCAGGAGUUAGAGGUUAGGGACCUAUUCCACCACUCCCAGACCUCUUCCACCACUCCCAGACCUGACCUCUUCCACCACUCCCAGACCUCCUCCACCACUCCCAGACCUUACCUAUUCCACCACUCCCAGAUCUCUUCCACCACUCCCAGACCUCUUCCACCACUCCCAGACCUGACCUCUUCCACCACUCCCAGACCUCUUCCACCACUCCCAGACCUGACCUCUUCCACCACUCCCAGACCUAUUCCACCACUCCCAGACCUAUUCCACCACUCCCAUACCUAUUCCACCACUCCCAGCCCUUACCUCUUCCACCACUCCCAGACCUUACCUCUUCCACCACUCCCAGACCUCUUCCACCACUCCCAGACCUCUUCCACCACUCCCAGACCUCUUCCACCACUCCCAGACCUCUUCCACCACUCCCAGACCUUACCUCUUCCACCACUCCCAGAUCUCUUCCACCACUCCCAGACCUCUUCCACCACUCCCAGACCUUACCUCUUCCACCACUCCCAGACCUCUUCCACCACUCCCAGACCUUACCUCUUCCACCACUCCCAGACCUCUUCCACCACUCCCAGACCUCUUCCACCACUCCCAGACCUCUUCCACUACUCCCAGACCUCUUCCACUACUCCCAGACCUCUUCCACUACUCCCAGACCUCAUCCACUACUCCCAGAUCUCUUCCACCACUCCCAGACCUUACCUCUUCCACCACUCCCAGACCUCUUCCACCACUCCCAGACCUCUUCCACCACUCCCAGACCUCUUCCACUACUCCCAGACCUCUUCCACCACUCCCAGACCUCUUCCACUACUCCCAGACCUCUUCCACCACUCCCAGACCUCUUCCACUACUCCCAGAUCUCUUCCACCACUCCCAGACCUCUUCCACCACUCCCAGAUCUCUUCCACCACUCCCAGACCUUUGUGAUGUUUCCAUAUCAAUGUUGUUGUUUCGCAUCAAUAAAACACCAAAUAAAG